AUGUCACUGCGAUUAUUUGGUUUGGCAAGAAGCACCAUUUCGGUGGCUUCGAGGCACCGGACUGCCACCGGGAUUCGUUUUUCUAGUACAACUCCAUCUCCAGAAGAGAACAGCGAUCCUGUUGCUGUGGAUCAAUCAGCGGGCUCGAAGAGAAAGUCGACGAGGUCAGAAUUCGCCGACUCUGCUCAAUCUAAUCAAUUACAAGAGGAAUUAAAUAAACUGGAGAUUGUUCCUUUUGGUCAAAGAUCGAAUCUUACCGAGUUAGAAGAACAGGAUAAUGAAAUGAAGAGACAGUUGAAGCUGUUCAAGACAGCAGUUAAAAUGAAGUCGCCAAAACCUAUCUCACCCAGUUUAAGAUGGUAUAAAUGGCCCAUCUACCCAUAUCUGCACAAGGGUAAGCCUGUAAAAGAAUUGACAGUACCAAGGAAGAAGCACAGUGGACGUAACCAUCACGGUCUGAUUACAGUGCGUCACCAAGGUGGUGGUGCCAAGCGAAGAAUCCGUCUGAUUGACUUCUUCAGACUUGAUGGUGGUGUCCACGAAGUCGUCCGCAUUGAAUAUGAUCCAAAUAGAAGCUCGCAUAUUGCUCUUGUAAAGAACGAAGAAACCUCGGCCUUGUCUUACAUUCUCGCAUGUGUAGGAUUACGAGCAGGUGAUAAAGUUGAGUCAUUCCGUGAUGGAAUCCCUCAACGUAUUAUCGACAAAAUGGGUGGUGAGAACGACCCCGGUAUUUUGGCUACCCAUAUCGCCAAGAAAGGUAAUUGUAUGCCUCUUAGUAUGAUCCCCCUUGGAAGUAUCAUUCACAAUAUCGGUGUGUCGAAGAUUGGUCCUGGCAAACUGUGUCGUGCUGCUGGUACUUACGGCCGUCUGCACGAGAAGCUGCCUGAGAAGAAAAAAGCCGUCAUCAGAUUACAAAGUGGAGAAUACCGAUAUGUGGCAUUAGAUGCCUGUGCAACACUGGGAAUGGUCAGCAACCCCGAUCACCAGCACCGUUCGUUUGGUAAGGCAGGACGUUCGCGUCAUUUUGGUAUUCGACCCCGUGUGCGUGGUGUGGCCAUGAACAAAGUCGACCAUCCUCUCGGUGGUGGUAGAGGUAAAUCCAAGGGUAACAAGGUUCCUCAGUCGCCAUGGGGUACUCCUUCCAAGAGUGGAUACAAGACUCGUAGAGGCAAGAACAUCAACCACAACAAGAUCCGUGACCGUCCCAGGGGCAAAAAUAAAUAG